ACACUCUCUCUCCCCUUCCCACUCCAACAAACUACACAAAUCAAUCCACCAAUUCAUUCAUUCCAAAAACAAUGAAAAAAGUGCCGGAGGUGACCGUCCAGCUGCCGGAGACGAAGACAGCCGCCGAGAACGUCGGCCACCGGAAAAGUGACGUCAUGCACGGCGCGAUCCGGCUUGUCUGCCUGCUGACGAGCGUGACGGCGCUGGCGGUGAUGACGACGGCCAAGCAGGCCUCCAGCAUCUCCCUCUACGGCUUCAGCUUGCCGCUCUACUCCAAGUGGUCCUUUGCCGACUCCUUCGAGUAUCUUGUUGGUGUAUCGGCAGCUGUGGCCGUUCAUUCCUUGCUCCAAUUGCUCAUCAAUGUCACUCGGAUGCUUCGUAAAUCUCCUCUAAUUCCUUCUAGAAAUCAUGCAUGGCUCAUUUUUGCCGGUGACCAGAUAUUUGCAUACAUGGCUAUGAGCGCAGGAUCAGCAGCAUCGGGUGUGACAAGCUUGAACCGGACGGGUAUCCACCAUUCAGACUUGCCGAAUUUCUGCAAGCCAUUGCAAGUUUUCUGUGACCGGGUGGCGGUCUCCAUAGCCUUCACGUUUUUCACGUGCUUCUUGCUCGCCGUUUCUGUGGUCCUCGACGUAGUUCGCCUCUCUAACUGCUAAAUUAACCUGCAAUAAUUCGGAUUUUGCAGUUGCCGUAUGAUGAUAGUGAUGUACUUUUCGAUGAUCUAAAAUGUCUUAUUAAUUUGGAUUCUCCAUCUUA